CGGGGCCGCGGGCGGAAGUGGGCGCCGGCGUGGGGCUGUCACACGCGGGUGAGGCUGUCACACGCGGGUGGAGCCGCGGUAACCGCCUCGGGUCCCGGCUGCACGGCGUGCCAGUGUGUCCGUCCACCCACGGUCCCCAGCCCCCGAGCAGCAGCAGCAGCUGGAGAAAGCUUGCGAAGCCACUGCGAUCCCGGGGCCACCAGCCACCCUCCGUCUCCGCCUUCCUCAUGCUCGCCCGGUGCAUUUCAGCGUGGCAAGGCCUCCACAGGUACCCACCCACUCACCAACACUUCUCCUUCAUUGGCGGCUCCCCCCUGGGGGCACGUUAGGAACGAACCCACACUCGGUGGACAGUGACUCUGCCCUGCCGUGAUAGGCGACACCCCUUCAGUAAGAGAUGACACCCUGACGCCCCACCAGAAAUCCCCCUCGACCACUCCCACCUCCGAGGAGGAUUUCGGGUUGCUGGGACCCGAACUGGUGGUUCCAGGAUUUUCUUAAGAAUGACUUUAGGAAGAGAAAUUAUGUCCCCUCUUCAAUUGAAGUCUUCAUCUUCAGCAACUAAAAAAAACUUUUUGAAAUGGGAUCUAUCACCAGAACAAAUUAAAGCAAGAACUGAGGAGCUUAUACAACAAACCAAGCAAGUGUAUGACACUGUUGGAAUGCUUGAUAUUGAGAAAGUGACAUACGAGAACAGUUUGCAAGCACUAGCAGAUUUAGAAGUGAAAUACGCAGUGGAAAGAAGCAUGCUGGAUUUUCCCCAGCAUAUCUCCUCUGACAAAGAUGUACGAGCAGCAAGUACAGAGGCUGACAAAAGACUUUCUCGUUUCGACAUUGAGAUGAGCAUGAGAGAGGAUGUAUUUCAGAGAAUUGUUCAUCUACAGGAAACCUGUGAUCUUGAAACAAUAAAGCCUGAAGCUAAGCGCUACUUAGAAAAGUCCAUUAAAAUGGGAAAGAGAAAUGGACUUCAUCUUCCAGAAGAAGUACAAAAUGAAAUCAAAGCAAUGAAGAAGAGAAUGAGUGAAUUAUGUAUAGACUUCAACAAAAACCUCAAUGAAGAUAAUACCUUUCUUAUAUUUUCUAAGGAAGAACUUGGGGCUCUUCCUGAUGAUUUUCUUGACAGCUUAGAAAAAGUAGAAGAUAACAAAUAUAAAGUUACCUUAAAAUAUCCCCACUACUUUCCUGUCAUGAAAAAAUGUUGUAUCCCAGAAACCAGAAGGAAGAUGGAAAUGGCUUUUAAUACAAGAUGCAAAGAGGAAAACACUAAAAUUCUGCAACAACUACUUCCACUACGGGCCAAAGUAGCAAAACUACUUGGCUAUAGCACUCAUGCUGACUUUGUACUAGAACUUAACACUGCCAAGAGUACAAGCUGUGUUGCUGACUUUUUAGAUGACUUAAGCCAGAAACUAAAACCUUUGGGUGAAGAAGAGAGAGAGUUCAUUCUGAAUUUGAAGAAAAAAGAAUGUGAGGAAAAAGGGUUUGAAUAUGAUGGAAAAAUCAAUGCAUGGGAUUUGCAUUACUACAUGACCCAGGCAGAAGAGCUCAAGUACUCCAUCAACCAAGAGAAGCUCAAAGAAUACUUCCCAAUGGAAGUGGUCACUGAAGGUCUUCUGAACAUUUACCAAGAGGUGCUGAGCCUUUCAUUUGAGCAAGUGACUGAUGCACAUGUCUGGAAUGAAAGUGUUACCCUCUAUACGGUAAAAGAUAAAGCUACUGAAGAAGUGUUAGGGCAGUUUUACUUGGACCUAUACCCAAGGGAAGGAAAGUAUGGUCAUGCAGCCUGCUUUGGCCUUCAGCCAGGCUGUCUCCUACCUGAUGGUAGCCGAAUGAUGUCCGUGGCUGCCUUGGUAGUAAAUUUCUCCCAGCCUGUUGCAGGCCGUCCCUCCCUGCUGAGGCAUGAUGAGGUGAGGACCUACUUCCAUGAGUUUGGUCACGUCAUGCAUCAGAUAUGUGCACAGACUGAUUUUGCUCGAUUUAGUGGAACUAAUGUGGAAACAGACUUUGUAGAGGUGCCUUCCCAAAUGCUUGAGAACUGGGUGUGGGACAAGGAUUCUCUUCGACGACUCUCAAAGCACUAUAAAGAUGGGAACCCUAUAACAGAUGAUCUUCUUGAAAAACUUGUUGCUUCCCGACUGGUCAACACAGGUCUUUUGACCCUCCGCCAGAUUGUAUUGAGCAAAGUUGAUCAAGCUCUCCAUACUGAUGCAUCAUUGGAUUCCUCAAAGGAAUAUGCCAGAUACUGUUCAGAGAUUCUAGGCAUUUCAGCUACCCCAGGUACAAACAUGCCAGCAACUUUUGGACAUUUGGCAGGAGGCUAUGAUGCCCAGUAUUAUGGAUAUUUGUGGAGUGAAGUGUUUUCCAUGGACAUAUUUUAUAGCUGCUUUGAAAAAGAAGGAAUUAUGAAUCCAGAGGUUGGAAUGAAAUACAGAAACCUUAUCCUGAAGCCUGGGGGAUCACAAGACGGCAUGGACAUGCUCCGAACGUUCUUGAAACGUGAGCCAAACCAAAAGGCAUUCCUAAUAAGUAAAGGCCUGCACACUCUGUAAAACUGGGAAUCGUUUGUAGUAGACAUGUCUACAAGACAAAUUGAUGUUUCUUGAAGAGUUUUUUGAAUUUUAAAAUAGAAGAGGAUGUCAUACCUGAAAAUAUGUAGAGUUUCAUUAUGUUUAAAAAGCACAAGCUUAACCACUGAAUUCUAACCCCCCACCCCAAAUGUAAUUGUAGGAACAGCCCAUUAGAAAAUAAUCAUAGUUAUAAAAACAUCAUUUAAGUGUAUAUGUUAACUUCUUUUUAUAAAAAUUUCACAUUGUUUGUUUUUUUUAAUUGUAAUCUAAGUAAUGUACACGUGAGAAACCUAACAGUUUUUGAAUUGAAAUUAAUGUACAUUGUUCAACAGUUAAUUUAGUCUAUUCUUACAUUUUAAAGUUUUGUACAUGUAAUUUUUGUGAAUACAAAUGAAUAUUCGCAUAAUUCUCUUAUGUUGUAAAUAUUUCCUUGGGGCUUUGAAUCAACUUUAACUGGAUGUUUACCAGCACAGAGGUACCUCCAUUACCUUGGCUUUCAGGGCUAAAAGUAUCUGCCUCAGUGACAUAUUAGUCACUUUAGCACACCAGAUCUCAUCUUUUCCAACUUUCUGCUACACUUAUUUGGAUUAUGAGCUAUGAUUUGGAUUUGGCUUUAAUAGAUCCUCUCUUCUCUUCCCUUCUCUUGUCCCUCACUUUUUCUACCCUUUUGUCUGAAUUUAUUUUAGUAAGGCUAUGCUAGGUAAUAUUUGGAUUAUGUUACCUUGGGGCCAAAUAUAGAUCACAAACUCAUGUCCAAGAUGUCUGUGCCAAACUGCUAUAACACAAGAUUUCUAUCUUGUUCUAUGAUUGCCAAAGUAGUAGUAAGUCCAAAUAAGUUUUUCUCCAAUAAGAGGAGUGGUAAGGGACCUACUCUUAAGAAACUCUGCAGUGUGGCAGUUGGACCUAUCUUGGCUUAAGUACUAUGAAAGGAGGGAAAUAGUGUCAAGGUAAGGAUUGCAAGGAAGGAGGAAGAGAAGCAAUGGGCCAGAAAGUUGGAAAAAUGUUAUUCCAGUACUGUUCUUUUAUAUAAAACACUUACAACAGAAAUCAGUUAGGCUUUACAAAUCUGUCUUAUCUCUUGUUUGUUGUUUUUUUUAAUCACCAAUCUUGAAGGUUUUUCCUUUGAUCACCAAAAAAUACUCCUUACCUAAGUCCUAAUUAUCUACUAUAUGUCCAGGUAAACAGUAAUUUUUUUUUUCCUAUACCUAAAGGAAAAACUAUCUAUGGUGAUCUUGAUUGGAAAAUGAAUUUAAACUCCUACUGUACAUUCUCUUGUAAUCUAGUGAAUAAGAUAAGCUCUUAGGGUCGUUUUCCUCAGCUGCUUAUGAAAGAAGUUCCCAUAGAAAGAAUACUAGAUUGAGAGAUAUAACCCAGAAUAUUUGGAUACAGAUCCUAGCUCUGCUACUUCCUGUAAUUGAGUCACUGAAUCUCUGGAUCCCAGUUCAUCAUUUAUCAAAUGAAGGGUUUGAAUUAAUGGUCUCUCAAGGUCCCUCCACAUUCUAAAUCUAAGGUCAUCUGAGCCUAUGAACUAACAUUAAAAUAUGAUAUUUGUUCCAGCUGCUUCCCAUCCUGAAAUGAGGAGUUAGUUGUCCUCCUGGCUCAGGACAUAAUGAAUAAGAACCUUUUAUUUUUCAAUCUCUAUUUUACCUAUUCACCCUAAAGAAGAAUUCCUAUCAAGAAACAUUGAUGAACAAAUGUUGUAGACUCCAGAAGUAGUAGCAGGCCAACUAAAGACAAGUUAAUGCUUAAAAUAUCCUCUUGGAUACCUAGCCUUCCUGGCUUCCUUUCCCCUUGCACUGAGGCAGCUAGAACGCCAAUGUUUGGCCCCCAUAGAGCCCUUUUGCCAUACCCUGGGAAUUCAUUGUAUCCUGUUUUUAUACUUCAACUGAAAGCUCUCUUCACUCUUCUGUUCUCCAAUAUAUUUUCCCUCUGCUUUCAUUUUUUAACAUUAUUGAAUGUUACAUUAUUUCAUAGGAAGAAAAAAUAGAUAAUUUGUAUGAAAGAGAUUGUGCACAAUGAAAUUGUAUCAUAAUACACAAGAAAGAAUUAUUUCUAGAACUGCUUCUUUCUGCAUGUAAGACUAGAGCAUGUAGAAUCAUAACUCCUUAGAUUGCACUUCUCAUUUUGGAUCUGUGCCUGAUUUCAAAAGCUUAGAAAAAGACAAUUUAUGAAACCACAACCUCACAGAAAGUAUAUUUUAGCAUGAUUUAGGGAGAAUAAAAUUAAAGGUUUAUUUUUUAAGGCCAUUUAAAAUACAGCAAUCCAUCUGUUCAUUCUUAUUUCCAGAUCAGAGUAUAUAGUGUCUUGGAGGCCCUCUGAAUAGCAGAUAAACACAGAAAUUGUAAUUUGGCAAACAUAUUCUACUGAUUUACGAACUGAAGCACGUAUAACAAAGUCUCUUUGGUUACCUAGGUUUCCCCUUCGUUAUCAGGCAAUUUCAGCCUGAUCUAAGUCUUCAAGAACAAGUUCUAAACCAUCACAUAUUUAUUAGUGGGAGUCUAACUGAAAUGGCUGAAGAGUUCAUUUUAAGGAGCUAAAGAAAAACUAUUAUGGCCAAUGAUACAGGUUUUCUCCUCCAGAAUAAAUGUCAACUUUGUAAGAAUAAUAGAAGAGUUAUUACUUAAAGAGUUCUUACCCGAAAUCUUGACAGUCAAGGACUUUCACCUUUCCAAAACAGAAUGAAAAUCAUAGCCCUGGACUCUUUGGUCUUGACAUAUAGGAUUGUGUAAUAAAUGAAUAUUGAGUGGAGAGUGAUCUGAUGGGGGGGAAAUAUGUAUAUGUUCCUGUAAUUUAAAAGCCUGGACUUUUAGCAAAAGAAUUUAAUUUUCUGCUUUCUUGUUUGGUCUUCAGUCUUCACAUAUGAAUCAAUGGCAUGCAGUGGUCUUGCAUGCCUAUUGAAACAACAGGUUUGAAUGCCACUAGUUUUUAUUCUGUUCUGAUUUAGAACUUUCCUUGCUCUGAGGCUAGCUGGUACAUGAAAAUAUCUGACUUCCUCAGUUAAAUAUAGUUAACUGAGCCCAAAGAGUGUUAAAAGUGAAACUCUAUCUGUUUUGAAUGGAAGCAAUGAACAUUUCUUUUUUCACCACACCCCAACUGCAUUAUACUUAUAUAUUUCCUAUCUGAAAUUGGAUACACCUUUGAAAAUUGAAUAUUCAUCCUGUUUUAAAAGUUUGGUGAGAUAAAGUAGAAGAGAUUUGGUACAGCUAGUUUCAUGGAGCAACAAAUAGACAAAAUUGAUUUAGUAUUAUUUUUAUUGGAGAAAUGUCCACCAAAAAUAUUUCCUCCUUUGUAAAUAGCAGUCUAGUAAACACUGUAUUAAAGUAUAAAGUAGGUUUGUAAGAUCUUAAACACAAGCUACAAAUGACUUCUAUUAUUACAUCUAGAUUAUGAACUACAAUAUAUUGUAGUUAAAUUGAAUGAAAUGGCCUCUGGGGUCCCUUCCACCCCUCAAAUUUUAUGAUUUUAUGAUAUUAAUGUGACAAAGCAUUUGAAUUACCUUUUUUUUUUCUUUCAAAGAAAACACUAAGGAUUGCGGAAAGUGAAUUCACAAUUUUAGGGUUUUUUUUUUAAUGAUGUUUUUACAACAUUAUAGAUUUGAAAUGAUACUGCUCAGGAAAUAUGUCUUUGUGCUAAAUCUCUACAAUGAUAUACAAUAAAUAUUUGAGCCAA